UCUUCCACGUGCUGAACAUUUCUGGUUUGGGUUUGAACUGUGGCAGAGUUUGAGGUUUAAGCCAUGGCCAAGUCCAAGAACCACACCACAAACAACCAGUCUCACAAGUGGCACAGAAAUAGCAUUAAGAUACCCAGAUCAUUGAAGGGGGUUGAUUCCAAGUUCCUGCAGAGCAUGUGUUUUGCGAGGAAACAAAACAACAAGGUGAAGAAAAUGCAGGCCAACAAUACUAAGAAUGCCAAGUAG